AUGACUUCGCAACUCACGUUCGCCAAAGAUCCCUGGUCGUGGAAUAUCGAAGAUCUUGUCGCGGCAGUUUGCCACUCGUCUCUUUUCCAGGCGGCAGGCUGUAGGCUAGAAGACUUGCCGAACGCUCAGAGCCUUGAAGCUCAACUGCGCGAUCAGGAGGUCACUGGCGCCACCUUUCUCACAGCCCUGGACUCGCGCACUUUGAGAUCUGAGCUUGGCAUUCAAAACCUCGGACAACGAACGGCGCUGCUUGCAGUCAUUGAAUUAUUGCGUCAGCACUCUACUGCGCACAAACAGCAUGCAGCAACCAUCGGCGUACAAGCUCUCGAUAUCAAUCAAAGUGGCUCCUCAGCCAAUACUACGUAUGCAAACACAGAUGGUAGGAAGCGCCUCAAAACAACCCAUAUAGCUACAGUUCCGCUCCAUGUUGUGCAAGAGCCACCACUCGUGGAUGGCACAGGUCAGUGGGAUCACCUCCUACGCUGGGAGCAAGAGCAGCAGCACGUCAUAAGCGUAGACGACAUAGCAGCUGAUGCUGAGUCCGAGUCUGAGGACGAGGAAGAAGACAUGGAAGAACGGUCUGGCUCUGGGGAACCGGAAAAAAUGCCAGUGGACACUGCUGUAGAGGCCCAAAGCCGCAGCAGACUGAGCCAAGAUCAAGUUGUGAACAUCAUCAACGAGCGUCUGGAUUACUACACGAAUGCCUGGAAACCUAAUCACGGUGUCAUCAAGGGCGAUGAGAUCAACUACCAGCCAGAAACCAUGUGGCAGGAGGCAGAGGCGAAUGGUCAUAGACAAGCUCUGAUAAAGAAGUACGAAACAGAUGUUCUCUACUACAAGCACCGACUAGAUCAACUCUGCGAGGAGAUCAUAAAGUCUCCCGGCAAUACUGUAGACCGGGUACGGUAUCAGUGCCGCAACCUGGAAGUCACGGUAAACUCUCUGGAGUUGUCUGAGUGGUUGCUAUCGAUCUAUAGAUUGGAUCCAGUCGAUGAUAGCGAUGAUAGCGGAGACGAAGAAAUUCGUCACAAUAAUCUCAUCAACAUCAGCGGUGAGAAUACCAGUGCUAGAGGAGCAGUCCGAACAAUACCGCCUCGAUCGCAACAAAGAUUCGACGUCAUUGACCUAGGUUCACCACCCGAGUCGUCGCAGGGUGAUAUGGAGGAUUUGCUCGUCGAGAGCUCUCCCCCACCAGAGUUGCCAGCCGUACAUCGCCACCCAAGUCCUCCUGACGUGGACCAUACCCCAGACUUGGCCGUUGCUGAGACUAUCGAGCCAGGCGCGCAUGCACAUCCGCAAAAUCCACAAACAACGAGUACCGCUACGAAACGGUCACGCGGUCACCUUGGUGAUGAGCCUCAACAUGCUUCUAUCGCUUCUGCACGGCGGUGGACAUGGAGUGAUCUCACCAGCACACGGGAUCGGAAGCGCAUUGUCACUAAGGCUUUGUAUGAGAUGAAUUUCAACGAAAGAGAAACUAUACGAACGCGACUCGGAACAGUUGGUAAAGCAGAAAUGAUUCGGGAGAUCGUUGCUUGCGUGCGAAUGCUUGCCCAGAAUGGGAACAAGAUGCCAGGUAUCCUACCACGAGACCUGCCAAAAAUUGUCACACUCACUAGGCUCUUCCUUUCCUGCUGGCUCGGCAACAAUUACCUUCGUAUUGAGCCGACGGAGUUACACCUCCAGGACCUUGGACAGCGUCUACAAGAUGGAUCACCAGACCUGGGCACAUUCUGGGACUAUCUCAACACUGUCAUGACCACUACUUUCAGCCCAACCGCGCUACAAAAUCCAGAGAGACCAUCGCAAGCCGAAAUUAUUGAGAUCUCUGACGACGAUGAGCCAUCAUCUAGACCGUCUGCAAGGCAACCUACGGGUCGUCCUCAGAUGUCGCAGCAUCCCACUACAAUCAUUCUCGACUGA